GUCUUUGUUAACCUUAGCCGCUGCAGAGUCUUUGUUAACCCUAGCCGCAAUAUAGUCUCUGUUAACCUUAGCCGUCAGAAGACAGUCUUUGUUACCCCAAUCUCUACAGAGUCUUUGUUACCCCCACCCUAGUCGUCUGAAGGUAUCUGCUAACCUUAGUUGGGAGUUUGCAGUUAGAUUCUCACAUGGUUUGAAAGAUCGUUCUAGUUCUAGUAUGUCGUCAUCCGAUUUAAUGGCUUUGAAUGAAGGUUUCCCUGAAGUUAUAGAUGAGUUUUUGGAACAUGAACCAACAAUGAAAUGUGUCGCUUUCAAUCGCCGCGGUACUCUGCUUGCUGCUGGGUGCCACGAUGGAAGCUGUGUUAUCUGGGAUUUUGAAACCAGGGGCAUUGCUAAAGAGCUUAGAGAUGAUGAAUGCUCUUCUCCCAUAACUAGUAUUUGUUGGUCCAGAAGUGGUAAUCGAAUUCUUGCAUCUGCGGCCGACAAGUCGCUAAUAUUGUGGGAUGUUAUGAGUAGUACAAGGACAAUUAGAAUAUUUUUGCAACAAACUCCUCUACAAGUUCGGUUUUGUCCAAGUUCUUCGUCUCUCUGCUUGGUAUGUCCGGUUUCAAGUACUCCAAUGAUUGUUGACUUAAACUCGGGAAAUACAACUCUUCUGAAAACUUCUGUAUUAGAGAAGUCUAAGUCGUCUGGUGGAUCCCCCUUCAUGCCCGCCGCUGCAUGUUUUAACAGAUAUGGCAACCUGGUUUAUGUGGGGAGCACAAAAGGGGAAAUUCUUGUGAUUGAUGGUAAAGACGGUGAGGUGCGUGCCGCGGUUCAUGUAUCUGAUUCUGUAGUGAAGAGUGUUGUAUUCAGCAGGAAUGGACAAUAUCUUUUAACAAACUCGUAUGAUCGAGUAAUUAGGAUCUAUGAAAACCUCCUCCCUUUGAAAGAUGAAAUCAGAGCACUUAUCGAACUGAAUGAGAACCAAAAUGAUCUAAAUGACAUUGAGAAGUUGAAGGUUGCAGGAUCAAAAUGUUUAACCUUGAUUGGAGAAUUUAAAGAUUCAGUCAAGAAGGUGCACUGGAAAGCACCAUGUUUCAGUGCUGACGGUGAGUGGGUUGUUGGUGGUUCUGCUAACAAAGCAGAACACAAGAUUUACAUAUGGAAUAGAGAAGGACAUCGUGCGAGAAUUCUGGAAGGGCCUAAGGAAACUCUUCUCGAUUUGGCAUGGCAUCCCGUACGUCCUGUCGUUGUAUCUGUUUCUGUGACCGGUGCAGUUUAUAUCUGGACUAAACAUUACACCGAGUAUUGGAGUGCUUUAUCUCCUGAUUUCACAGAGAUUGAUGAAAAUGUGGAUCUUGUGGAGCAAGAAGAUGAAUUUGAUUUGAAUCCCAGGACAAAGGUUGUAUCUCAUGUUGAUGAAGAUGAGGAAGUUGACAUCUUGACAGUGGAGAAAGAUACCACUUUCAGUGACUCUGAUAUGUCUCAAGAAGAGUUAUGUUACCUGCCAGUAACUCCCAUUCCUGAUCCUCCUGAACCACAAGUUCCUGAAUCACAAGACAAACUUUUAGAAGGCUCUUCAAAUCCGGUGGACAACAAUAACUCUGGAUCUCUUCUUCCAGAAACUGCUGAACAAGCCCCCCUUUCAGAAACAGCUGAUCCAAAUGUAGAUUUCAUGAAUAACGCCUUAACAUUAUAUACAGAUGAUGCUGAGGGAACAAGAGGUAAAAGAAUGCGAAAACCGUCUCAAAAGAUGCUGGAGUUGCAGGAACAAAAAGCCAAGAAAGCAUCAAAAUCCAAAAAAAAACCUUCAGCGGAGGAAAAUAAUGAUGAUGCUGAAGGUGAUGCUGAGGGAACACAAAUUAAAAGAGGGCGAAAACCUUCCAAGAAGGAUAAAGGUAAAGAACCACAAGUUUAGAGGUCUGAAGAGGCUGGAGCAAUGGGGGCAUUGGACUUUGAUUUUGUAUUUUCAUUAAAGUGGGAUUGCCAAUCAAAUUCUAGAGAAGACCUAUAUUGUAAUAUUAUUGUACUAUCAUGUUUAAGACUUCAUAUUAGGUUGCUAGAUAGUUAAUAUAAAGGUGUUACAAUAAAUUUUUUAUUUGAUUUUAGUAGUAACAAAUAUAUGUCAUUUUCAUA